CCCUUUACGUAACACAGAGAGAGAUCGCUUUACACUGACAACCAAGCUAUUUUUAAACAGUGCUGGUCGAGAAACUUAAAUGUAUUUUGUUUUUGAGAUUUUUUUUGGUGUUAUUUUGUAUUUUAUUUUUGCAUCUUACUUUCUAACUGUUUUGGGGAUGUUAAGGCAUGUUUCCAAUGCCUAUACAACCUGAAUAAAAGCCUUUUGAUAAUAGUUGAUAAAAUAAAGAUAUUUAUACGAAGGUCAGGAUGCUAUUCAAAGAAACAUUUGUACCUUAAGAUUGUAAAAAAGUAAACUUUAAACCCCAGUCGACGUGUCCUCUUUGUGUUUCGACGUAAAUAACUGUUGACGUAAAGUGGGCGUUUCCUUAAUAUGCUUUAAAGCGCGUGGCGGGACGCAGAGAACGUCGAAAACGUGUGUUUCGCUCGAGCAACAGAAACAUAUCGAGAUUUUAAUUUAAUUCGACAAUAAUCUCAUUUAUUUGAAUUAAUUAAUAAUCGUUAGUCACUAUAUUUGUUACUUUAACCACACACCCGUAACACAUGUUAUUGCUUUAGGCUUAACUUUUAUUUACGAUAGUCUGUGACAUCUGUUAUCUGAGAAUGAACUGGGUCGGCGGGGCAAGGAGUCGGUAUAUGAUGAGAGGUGAUACCAAAAAGCAAAGGGAGUUCUUUGAGAAGAAGAAGAUGAACAGUAAGCUCCACAACCUGGGCAUCCCCGUCCCCACCUCGCACAAGGGCACCGGGUCAGGCAGUAUGGACCUGGUGACUCUGUUCAUAGUCAACCAGAUCGCGGCCAAGAAGGAAAUCAAAGACAAGCCUGUGGUGACGGUUCUGGGAGAUGGGAAAGGACGCAUGAAGAACCGACCGCUAGAGCUUCCCAUGAGCCCCGGCUCUCCCUCCCAGCUCAGCCUGUCUGAGAGUGAGCCCUAUUACAGUGUUCAGAGAGUGAAGCGGAGGAAACCCCUCAUGUCAGAUGCCUUCAGGUGUCAGCAGCUGUCCCCGGUGCUGGAGUCUAGCUUCUCCGACCACAAGUCCUCAGACCCGGUCAAGCGCCACGUCCCUCCCGGCCUCAGCCCCUCCUCCUUAGCCUGCUCUGCCUCCUCCAGACCUGGCCCUGGAGCAGUGUUUCCAAGGCGACCAGACCUCCAGCAUCGAAACCUGUCCCAACUCCAUCCCUGCACUCCGUCUCCUCCAGCAUGGACCACCUCGGACCUCCAGGACACACAGUUCCGUCCCUUCUCCCGACCCGGGCCUAUGAGGGACGUGACCCAGUGGUCCUCAGGAUCCAGCAUGCCCUGCUACCUCCCUGACCCCCAGUCGGUCUCCAGAGCCCUCUUCAGAAGCCCUCUCCUCCAGGAUGGCCUGGCCAGGGAUCAAGAAGGCUUCUCUAGUUUUCCAAUCAGCCAAUCAGAGGAUAGGCUGCCUCUGCUUGGCUUUACACUGGACCCAUCAGAGACAGAGGAGCCGUUUGAGGAAGAGCUUUUCAGUGGAUUUGGUGGGGAAGCUUCUAAUUUCCUGAGGUUGCAAUCAGAAAUUAAUCUGAUCGAGGAAACACCUGCCGCUGUUUCAACCUUACAGAGCCCCAGAGAUCCACAGAGAGCUGACUGCAAGGACAAAACCGUAACACUGGUGCCCAGCUGCACAAACAGGAGCUCUGCCUGCCUGGAAUGUUCCCCCAGCGACUCCCCUACAGACUGCGGCUGCAGCUCAGACUCUGAGAGUGACGCAGCCGACUGCCAGCUGUGUCUGCUCGCCGGACGCUGCAACACCUCGGAGGACGUGAACGCCCUCAACAAGAGCUCCCAGUGGACCCCACAAGUCCCCCGCCCGUCCCGCCCCCCUACACCUUACAAACUGCCCCCAGGAAAGAGCUCGGACGAGCAGCCAGUGGACAGGAAGUCUGUCUCCGGCGACGGCGGGGCCCUGCAGCCAGAGGGCGACAGAGAGCAGACGGCGUCUCACCAAGUCGCCGGACCGCCACCCGAGAGCGAACCCCACAGUCCCCCCGACACCAGGGACUCGGCGACGCAGACGUGUGACGUCACAAAACGCCAGACGUCCGACGCCUCCACCCAAUCGGAAGCGUGCGUCCCGGUCACCGGGUACGUCGGCGCUCCGGUGGGCCGCGCAGUACCGCCUCACGCCACAGGGGGGCAGACCCGCUCCAGCCAGGACGGAGACGCGGCGGCGGCGGCGGCCCCGGGCGCCGUGCUAUUAGCGGGCUCCCAGAGAGGAGACGAUGGGCCGUGGAGGAGAGGCAGCAGAGAGGAAGGGCGUGGACACUACAUCAGCGAGAGAGGACCGAAGCUCAGAGGAGGAGGAGGAGGAAGCGGAGGAGAAGCAGGAGGAAGAGGAAGAGAAGCGGGAGGAAGAGGAAGAGAAGUUGGAGGAGGGGGUGGAGGAGGAAGAGAAGCAGGUGGAGGAAGAGAAGCAGGAGUAGGGGGAGAAGGAGCAGGAGGAGAUGGAAGAGAAGCAGGAGUAGGGGGAGAUGGAGCAGGAGAUGGAAGAGAAGCAGGAGGAGGAGCCGGAGGAGGAGGGAGGCCUGCCUGUGUUGUAGCGGCCCCUCCAGUGAAGGAGGUGACCUGUGGAAAGGUGCUGGAGCGGUCGGAGGAGGUGGAGACCCUGCAGGAGAUCGCUGACAUCCUGCUCAUGUUGAGGCAGAGGAAGAGGGAGGGCUGAGGACCAGGUGAAGAGGGCUUCGUUUACAGGUCUGUUCGCCCCAAGUGCUGAAACAAGCUCACUCUUCAAACAGGGUUCACGGUUCAUGUGUUUGUCGUUCUUCAUGCAGUAAGUCAAAUAAAACUGCAUCAUUUUGGGUUCUUUA